GCGCAUAUCGCUUGCAGGAAAUUAAGUUGCAGAACCGUGUGCAUAGCCUGGCGCGGAAAGACAAGACACGAUACGACAUCGAGGAUGCGCUUGAAGAACAAUUCCGUGCCCAGGAGGGUGGGCUUCAGGUCACUGAGGCUCAGCUAAAGGUCAGAAUGCAGCGUUGGACCGAUGCUGAGGCGACUGGCUGCCCAGCUGCGAUGCCAUCCUUGAAUGACCUCGAACAGCUUUGCCUGCGGCAGAAGGGCGGCAAGGCCCCAGGACCUGAUGCUAUUCCUAAUGAGAUCUGGAAGCUCAACCCGCCCAAAGCAGGGCGAUGGCUUUGGCACCUCUGCACACAGAUUGCACUUAGCGGCCGCGAACCUUCCCACUUCAAGAAGGCUCUCCAAUGUGCUUUAUACAAAAAGGGGCCAGCCUCAUUGCCUAGCAAUUAUCGUUCAAUCGCGCUACUCAAUGGGGUUGCUAAGAUCUGGCAUAGCCACAUCAGAAGCACGUUAGGUGCCGCCGUGAUCAGCGGCUAUGACUCUCUGCAGUUAGGUGGCCGAAAACGCAUCCCUGUAGCCUUUGCGGUGACGACUUUCCGCAAUGUGUGGGAAUUGAGUGUCGCGCAGGGAUUUUGCUGCGCUGCCAUCUUCGUGGACAUCCAGGCAGCCUACUACGAGACGAGCAGGCAACUCCUCUUUCACGGAGAUGGCACGCUUGGCGAACCGCCAGAACAUCGGAAGCGACACCUAACAGUCCUGUCUCAUAAGCUUGCGCGCAACGGUGCGCUUACAGAGAUUGGAAUCCAACAAGACGAGCUUGACCUGCUGUUGGAUUGCGUUGCCUGCUCGCACUGGCAGAUGGUCGGGUCGAACAACAUAUACCUAGCUACCAGGGGCUCCCGACCAGGAGAUGGUCUGGCUGAUGUUCUGUUUGGGGCCCUUUUGUCAGUUGCACUCCGUCACAUACGUCACCAGUGCAAGAUUGAGGGCAUCACUCAUGCCGGAGCGGGGCAGCGCAUCGGCCAUAACGAUGAGGUUGUGCCCGUGGGCUGGGCCGACGAUCUUGCCGUACUGGCCGACUUCGAAAGCCCGGCUGCCCUCCAGGCUCAGCUUCCCCGAAUGGCCGAUAUUGUCAUCAGUACCCUCGAGCACAUCCGCUUCCGCGUCAACUUAGGGGUUGGCAAAACUGAGGUAAUGGUUGAUAUCCGAGGCACGCGUGCGAAGCAGGCCAGACCCGGCCUCCUGACUGGGAACUCCGCUCUCCCCCUUCCCGAUGGUCGCGAGCUUCGCAUCUCCCCUGAGUACAGAUACCUGGGCGUUAUCCAACAGCCUCGCGACAACGGUCGACGCGACCAAGAGUUAUGUCGCCAACGCGCUCAAUCAGCAUGGGCGCAGGCCAGGAGUCUGUACGCCUCCACUUCAGUGCCCUGGGAGCUCAAGCAGGCAUGGUUAGCAGCUCGCAUUCUCCCGGCCGCAUAUGCCACUCUUGCGACUAAUACUGCCUUUUCGCGCAGAGCCACUGCACCGCUCGAAGGAUUCUUUGAGCGAGCUACCAGAGUGCUGGCCCAGUCCUGGCAAUACGGGCAUGUCCUUACCAAGCCGAGCCUAUAUCUCCUGGCUGCACUCCCUUCGCCGGAGCACGCCUCGGUUGUUGCAAAGGUGCGGCUGGACACCGUGGCCUUCCUCCGCUCCGCCUACCGGGACCCCUCAAUGCCACUGGGGUGCAAAGAACUGCCGCCACGGAACAGCGGCAGCCUACUGACGACGAACUUAGACAAGAACUCUUUGCUGCGACUGGCUCAUCAAAUGUCUAUGAUUGGCCUCGGCAUGUACAAGUCGGGGGUACCAAUGGUGUAUCCCCUGCCCCUGCCCCUAUGGAUCGGGAUGAUCAUGGUACCCGCUCACAGGUUGCAGCCGAGUCGCCUGCCAACGCAGGGGUGUGGCGAUGUCUUGCUGACGCAGAGGCCCGCAGAGCACAGGCACUUAUUCGUGCAAGCGUCCACGGGCCAAAGGGCGGCCUUGUAUGGAUACAAGGAUAUCCCAGUGAGCAAGGUCAAGGCAGCCAUUCUGGCGCCCCUCGCCGUUCUCCCCGAAGUUCAAUCCAGAGGCAUCGGUGGCCAACUCAUCCGUGCGGGGCUGCAGGCCCUUGAGGCCCAGGGGGCCAGUUUGGUCUUCGUGCUUGGGCAUCCGACCUACUAUCCAAAGCACGGCUUCAAGCCCGCGGGAGCGCUCGGCUUCGAAGCGACAUACCCCAUCGAGGAGAAAAACGCAGAUGCCUGGAUGGUCCAGGCCCUCUCUGGAGCCAGUCCGAGCGCCCGUGGCCGAGUGCAGUGCUGCGCGGCGCUGGACAAGGAAGAGUUCUGGGUCGAGCCAGAAGCGAAGACCUGA